UUUGUGUGUGUGGCGAGGAGACGGAGACCUUGCGGGGUUCCCGGCCGCUGUCGGAGGCCGCGUAGUGAGAACGAGGGGGGCGACGUGGGCCCCACAGCGGACUAACGGACGCACCGGACACUUGGCGGACUCGAUGUAGCAGGCAGGGUGGGCAGCAAGCCUGCUUUACUCCUCAGCAUGCUCCGCCAUCCAGAAGAGAGAAGCAAAACCUUCCCCCGAACAGAAGAGUUUUAAUGAGCCGUACGCGUUACGGAUGGGCAAGUUCCCUGCAUUUCUCCGGUUGGCAUUACAUGGUGUCAGAAGUGGGAUCCGAAAGCAGCAACCACCAAGGAACAACGACCCUCGGGAUUGAGUGAGGUGCCCCUCCGAUCUCGAGCUCCCCAACUUCAUUCCGGAUCUGGAUAGGGACAGGUUGUCCUUCUGGAGAUAAAAACAUUCAGAUGGCAGAUAACAGUUUUUCAGAUGGAGUUCCUUCAGAUUCCUUGGAAGCUGCUAAAAAUGUAUCUCCCACAGAAAAGCUCACAGAUCAGGCGAUGCAGAACCCGCAGGUACUGGCAGCCUUGCAGGAGCGGCUUGACAGCGUCUCCCACACUCCUUCCAGCUACAUUGAGACUUUACCUAAAGCAGUGAAGAGAAGAAUCAAUGCCCUGAAACAGCUCCAGGUGAAGUGUGCUCACAUAGAAGCCAAGUUCUACGAAGAGGUCCACGACCUGGAGCGGAAGUACGCGGCGCUGUACCAGCCUCUGUUUGACAAGAGAAGAGAGUUUGUCACUGGUGACGUGGAACCGACAGAUGCGGAGUCGGAGUGGCACAGUGAGAACGAAGAGGACGAUAAAUUGGCUGGAGACAUGAAAAAUAAAGUAGUCAUAGCAGAAAAUGAAGCAGCAACGGCAGAAGAGCCAAACCCCAAAGGAAUCCCGGAGUUCUGGUUCACCAUCUUCAGAAAUGUGGACAUGCUGAGUGAGCUGGUCCAGGAAUAUGAUGAGCCAAUCUUGAAACACCUGCAGGACAUCAAAGUCAUAUUUUCAGAACCUGGGCAGCCUAUGUCUUUUAUAUUAGAGUUCCACUUUGAACCCAAUGAGUACUUUACUAACACGGUCCUGACAAAAACGUACAAGAUGAAGUCUGAGCCGGAUAAGGCCGACCCCUUCUCCUUUGAAGGUCCUGAAAUAGUUGACUGUGACGGAUGCACUAUUGACUGGAAGAAAGGGAAAAACGUUACGGUCAAAACGAUCAAGAAAAAGCAGAAACAUAAGGGUCGAGGCACUGUCAGAACAAUUACCAAACAGGUGCCCAAUGAUUCGUUUUUCAACUUCUUCAAUCCGCUGAAAGCUUCUGGAGAUGGAGAAUCACUGGAUGAAGACUCCGAGUUCACAUUAGCCUCCGACUUUGAGAUUGGACACUUCUUUCGGGAGCGGAUAGUCCCACGGGCCGUGCUGUACUUCACAGGGGAGGCCAUAGAGGAUGAGGACAACUUUGAAGAAGGUGAGGAAGGAGAAGAGGAGGAAUUGGAAGGUGACGAGGAGGGAGAAGAUGAGGACGACGCUGAGGUGAACCCCAAGAAGGAGCCCAGCCAGCCGUCCGAGUGCAAACAGCAGUGAGAAGCGCCCCUCCACAGACGCCUGUCAGGACUCGUCACACUGCACACCGUCGCCGCACUGACAUGCUUCCAUCUAACGUGUUUCCACGUGCAUGAUCUCACUUUCACUUUUCCUUUGUCCUUAUUGUUUGGCUUACCCUGUACAGUGGCAGCUUAGGUGCAUUUCAGAAGUAGGAGGUUUCGUUCCGGCACGCUCUGCGGCCUGGGGUGCAGCUCAGCGGGCUUUCCCAGCUCUCCUUCGGGAGGACCACAUGGGGUGGGGGUGGAAGGUCACUGCCGCCCUGGGCUGGUGUCUGGGGAUGUGGUUCUGGGGCAUCUGGAACCAGUCGCACCACUCCCGCUGUGGGACUCAUUCUUCUUCCAUUGAAGAAACCCACGCGCUUUGUUUCCAGCCACUCUUGUCUUCUGUAUCUGGUCGUCUCGAGCUGUAGAGUAGGGUCCCAUUCUCCGCAGAGUGUUCUUUCUUUGGUUUUACUUUCCUCGGGGUGGGGGUGGGGUUGUGCACACGACGCGGAGGCCGAGCUUGGCUGAUCUGUCCUCGUAUUUAUUUGUUCUUGUGUGCUGUGAGGGCUUGGGACGCAUGCUGUCGCUCGUCCUCGGAGUUUCCAAACCCAUGUUUGUGAGUGGGCCAGGCAGAGGUGGUGGCAUCCCCGCCGGGAGCGAGGCCUGUGUGGGGGAAGCGCACGCUCCGUCCUCCGCCAGCUGCCGGGCAGGGCCUUGUUUCCAUGGCCGGCAGCCCACACUGGGCUCUGCGGGAAGGGCCUUGGGCUGGGAGGCACCGCCCUCUGCUCAGUGUAAUGUCCGUCUCGCUCGCUCAGUAGCUCCAUUCUCACUCACCCCACGUCCAUCUUGUCUUAAAAGCCCUGGGUUCAGAGCGACCUGUUCUUGGCUGGCGUGUGGGGUUCCCGAGUGUGACGGGGGUCCCUGGCAGCCGGGGUACGGACGCCGGGUCCACGCUGCGACCAGGCCUGCAGAGUGCUCAGCCUUACUUAGGAUACAUUUGUAACCGAAUACGGUGUUUUCAAUUUGUACAGAAUAGUUAGAAUAUUCUAUUAAAGUCGUGAAACAUGA